AUGGCACAGAUUUGCGCCAGUUUUCAAUGCGGUCCGCAGUUUAUUGAUCUCAGAUAUUGUAGUCAUAACGACAUCACAGAUGUGCUCAAAAUAUAUUUGAAUAAACUGCCGACACCGUUGUUGGCCGCGGAGCUACAGCUGGAGCUGAUCCGUAUCGCCAAAGAGUGGCCCCAACGGAAGGUGCCCUACACUAAGUCCGGCGCGAUUAUCAUCAUAUUUGAGUUGCGAGAAGUGGUCAAUCAGUUGCCGGCCAACCAUUUCAUAGUUGUCUCGUAUCUGAUGCACCACUUGAAGAGAUUAGCGCUGCAUAAGAGGGAAGUGGAGACAACCGAGUCGACUCUGGCCGUACAGUUCACCACGAUUAUAUUCAAACCCAUGUAAGUGAAUGUGCAAUAUAAUGUCACUACCACCAGGAGCUAUGUAUUGUG